AUGUGUGACAAUUCUGAUUCUUCUGGGUUUUCUUCCAAAUCUUCUGAAUAGAAGUAUAAGUAAGAACUGAUUGUGAUUUAAGGGAACAAGAUCAUCAGAAUCAACAAAAUAGUGAAAGUGAAAAUGACUAAAUAAAAAAAAAACCAAAGUUAGUAGAUGAUAAUGAGCCAAUUAAGAUAUCAAGAAAGGUGAGCGAUGAUUUGAUUAAAAUAUUUGAAAGGUUACCAAAUGAUCAAAUAACCAAACUUUUGGAUGUGAUCAAAGUUAAGAAUUCACGUAUUACAAAAAACUAAAAUCUAUUUUUAUAGCUGAUUUGCCUGUUCAGGUCAAUCUAGGAGAUUUAAUGACAUAAGAAGAUGACUUUGUAUUGGAUAGUUAAUCAGAUUCGUAGAAGGAAAAGAUGAGGAAGCGAAGAGAAUCAAAGGAAAAGGUAUGCAAGUGUUGUAGCUAAUUUGUGAAACGACACCAUUGCACACAUUCUGAAUGUGAAAAGCCUUGUUAAGCGUAAGAAAAAAUUAAGAAAACCAAAGCGUGAU